AUGUCGUCACCCAAAGUUUUGGUCAUUGGCUGCGGCAUCGCUGGUCCGGUAGUGGCUUGCCUCCUGAAGCAGAAAGGAUAUGAACCGAUCAUCUUCGAACGAUCUGAAGCACCAGGCGAUGUUGGAGCAUCCCUAAUGAUUUGUCCCAACGGACUGAAGGUCAUCAGCCUUAUCGGUCCGUUGCCCGACAAGCUCCUUCAGAACGGCCCGCCUGUCCUCGAACUGUGUGAUUACAAGGCUUCGGGGGAAAUUCUUGGCCGUUCCGAUGUCCCCACCGAUUUUGCCAAACGAUAUGGUCAGCCUGCCGUCGGUGUCAAGCGGACACUCAUCACGUCCUGGCUACGAGAGCUGGCUAUUGAAAAUGGCAUUGAGUUGAGGGAGGGUUGGAAGCUGGAACAGAUUGAAGAAACUGACGAGUCUGUGACUGCUUUCUUUGAAGGAGGCAAGUCGGAGACGGGAUGUUUUCUGGUUGGGUGUGAUGGGCUGAAGGCGGCAACUAGGAAGUUGUUAUUAGCGCGUGACGGCAUCGAAGACGGCACACCCUCGUUUACGGGGCUGACGCAGACCGCCGGUAUCUCACCCACGCCUGAGGCUUUGCGCAACACCCCGGGUGCGAGAAAUUGGUAUGGGGAGCUGAGCCACAUCAUUUGUUACCCCAUCACUCACGACAAGACGUCCUGGGGGUUGACAUUGCCUGGAAACACUGAGGAAGAAGCCGCGUGGGGGUUGUUCAGUGACGACAAGAGGGCAGCCGAGAAAGAGAAGAUCAACAAGAUGUUGCAAGCCAAGAAUUGGGAUCCAGUUGUGCUGGAAAUGGUAAAGUCUGCAGAGCGGCUGAUCAAAUACGGCCUCUAUGACCGUCCCGAACUUGAAUCAGAGCAGUGGUACUCUGCUCGAUGUGUCAUGGUUGGUGAUGCCGUCCAUCCAACUAGUGUCCAUCUUGGUCAAGGCGCAAACCAGGCUUGUGAGGACUGCUACUAUCUCACAAAAGAGAUUCCUGACUUUGACGCCGCGAAAGAACUGCCAACCGCCCAGCUGACGGAGGCUUUCAAGGCGUAUGCGACGAAGCAGCAGCCGCAUACUUCGAUCCUGGUGAAGGGCGCUAGAGCUCUGGGUUUGGCUCGUGUAGCUGCACCUGAGGUCUGUUCUCAACGUGACCAAGCCAUCACAAAAAGUAUGGCUGAUCGAGCAGGUCUUCAAGCCAAGUUUGACUUCACUUACUCACGGCCAUUCUAA